GAAGAUAAAAGGGUUGGAAGAGCAGAACAUUCCUUCUCAUGUUUUCAAGGAGUUGAGAAGAGAUUUCUCUAAUCGCAAUGUGAAUGAGGAGUUUCAAAAUGUAGAGACUCUGACAGCCUACGGCAUGGAGCCUUUCAAGGCCAGGGAUAGACACAUUUGUACUAUGACAAAAUUCAAACUGAAAAUGAUGAUGUUUGGGAAAAAAAAAAAAGCGAAAGAAAGUUUGCAGAGAUUUUCAGAGAGUGUUAUUGAUACCUGCAGAAGGUUUAUCCUAGAUUCCACAAAAUCCCAAACAGAUUACCAUGACUCUCUUACAAAAGAAGUUCUUGAGAAGAUAAAUGAAUCUCUGAAAGAAAACUACAAGGACCUAAAAACAAAUACAAAGUUUGAGAUUGACCUGAAACUGCACAUAUGUGGCAUUGCCUCAAGGGAAUUCCUUCAAAUGCACAGGAAUUUCCUUCUUCGCAGAGAUCCUCAAAAGCGUCUGGAGGAGUCCAAGAAUCAGUACUUGUCUGCUUUCAUAGACUUAUACAGAGAGAGAGACCAUUGCCAACGCAAAGCACAGGACUUUGUUCAGCACAGUCUCCGACCAGCGAUCUUACAAUACAUAGAUAGGUUCCUUGGGACUGACAUUGUAGAUGAAAUGGUGAUAAGCAGCCACGCAGCAGAGUACAGCUCACGAUCAUCCUUCCAGUACUCUAUCCUCAAGGAGCUGCUGGAAAAAGAUGACUUCCAGGCCUUUGUCAAAUACUUUGAGAAGUACGAGAUCUAUGUUAAAGAUUUGAUAUGCCAGCACAUUAAAGAAUGCUUUUCAGCUGAGAUGUCGUUUGACAUGUUGAAAAACAAGAGGCUGAAGGAGAUCAAUCAAAAGAUAAUGGAGGCCAUUGAAAAAGCUAGCCAACCUCUGCCCAAUGACACUAAAAGUGUCCCAGAGUUUAUGAAAAACCUGUGCAAACAUCUUGACAAAGACAUCUCCAUAUCUAUGGACACUGUUGAGGUGGUCCUCUUUCAGAUAAGUACUACCUGCGAUCGUUUCACCACGUUUCUCCACGAGUCACUGAAUGACUUGAAGCAGCAAAUGCAAGAUGAAUUCUCGAAAUCCAUUGACAUCAUUGAAUCCCUUUACGCCCUUCCCAUCAAACCUCAGAACGAGCUCUUCAUGCGUGUGUCGGGUUGUGCGAAGCAGUGCCCCUUCUGCAAAAUGCCAUGUGAUGCUGGAGGUAAAGAACACAGACAGCAUCACGUAAAUGCACAUCGACCACAAGCGCUGGGCAGCUACAGAAGUGUUCAGACUCAAGAACUGAUUGAAACACUUUGCACAACUGAUGUAAACAGUAAUAAAUCAUUCAAAAAUGGAGACACUGACUGGGAGCUUCACCCUUACAAAGACUAUCGUACCUAUUACCCAGAAUGGAACAUCCAACCAGACUCAACUGCUGAGGCUUCUGACUACUGGAAAUAUGUCCUGGCGACAUACAACGACAGGCUGGCUGUGAUGCACAAUGCCAAGCCAGCUGUGAUUCCAGAGGCAUGGAAGAGCAUCACGAAAGCGCAAGCAUUGGAAGGCUUGAAGGUAGCUUUUGGUAUAAAAGUGUAGGUAGUAGCAGAAUUUUCCACCUGAGUGCAAUUUGGGCGACGACUUCAUUUAUGAAAAUCAAUGUUCAGAAUGUUAUGCUGUGUAAAUUAAAAUCAUGUUGUAAGAUUUAUUCUCUGAAUGCUCAGUAGAUGUAUAAUCUGUGUUCCAGGUACAUACGGCAUCUCCCAUGUUUAGACAGGUUGGCCUCCCGCUAGAAUGACUGUCCCAUGUACCUGUUUAUCCUCAGUGACAGGAAGCUAAAUUACUGUAAUAUAACCCUCCAGAUUAAAAAGGAUUACGCUCCAUAAUAGCCUAAUCUGUCUCACUGUCCCAGAUAAUGGCAUGUUAAAAAUCAUUAGAAUCAUGUUUAAACUUACUUUGAAUAGGUUAGAGAUAUAAUUUUUGGGGGGCAAGAUGAGACAGAUUGUCACGUUCUGACCUUUAUUUCCUUUGUUUUGUAUUUAGUUAGUAUGGUCAGGGCGUGAGUUGGGUGGGCAGUCUAUGUUUGAUUUUCUAUGAUUUGGGGAUUUCUAUGUUUCGGCCUAGUAUGGUUCUCAAUCAGAGGCAGGUGUCAUUAGUUGUCUCUGAUUGAGAAUCAUACUUAGGUAGCCUGGGUUGCACUGUUUGUUUGUGGGUGAUUGUCUAUGUUAGUGGCUUGUGUCAGCACAGGUGUCAUUUGUAGCUUCACGGUCGUAUUUGGCUUAUUGUUUUUUUGUUACUCUUUUGUAAUAGUGUUCAGUGUUCUCUUUAUUAAAAUUGACUAUGAACACAUACCACGCCGCAUAUUGGUCCUCUGAUCCUUCUCGCCUCUCCUCUUCGGAAGAAGAGGAGGAAGACCGUGACACAGAUAUUUGCAUGUUAAUUUCUUGUUCAUUUAGUCUCUUGCUGUUAUGGCCUCUCUCCCACUCUCUCCCAUUAAUUGUUUGAUGUUUGGGUUUGUUUUGCUGUUGGUUUUGUUUUUCUUUAUUGUAAAGCGACUUUGUUUCAGAAACAAGCAAAAAAAAAUACUAUGUAUAAUUAUUAUUAGAUGACGAUGACACCUAGAAUCUCUACAAUGUUCAACAACGGGAAGAGAUGACAUGACUGAAGAGGGAAUUGAUCGAGUGGCACUAACAAGUUCACCCUGAUCAUGUUCACCCUGAUCAUGUUCACCCUGAUCAUGUUCACCUUGAUCGUGUUCACCCUGAUCAUGUCGUCAUAUGUCUUUUAAUGGAACUGUGCGUGUAGAAAUAUUGUAUUCAAGACAUGAUUCAACUGUGACAAGGGGAAGGUUUUUAAACAAUGUGUCAAAAGCAAAAUAUGCUUAUUAAUUAAAUCUGAUUUGUCAUUUGGUGAGGUUGUACAAUAAUUAACAUAUUGAUUAAAUUAUGUUAGUCACUGUAGUCUUGAGAAAAUAUGCAGAAUGUAAUAAACAACCUAUUCAUUUA